CCAGCGAGGCGAAGUGUCCCGGGGGGUCGCUGCCUUCACCGGGCUCCCUGCGACCGGGAUGGGGAGGAAAGGGCAGAGCCCAGGAGGGGGCCCCUAGCAGAGAGGUGCUUGUUCAAAGCUACAAGCUGAUGAUGGAAAAAAGGACAGGGACAUGAAAAAUGUAUGAGCCAAAAACCUCCAACCAAGCUGCGACGGUCGUUCGUUUCUUCAACGAUGAUGGGAGAAAUAAACUCAAUUUAAAACAAUUUGUUGUGCUGGUUGGAAGAAGGAGGAGGGUUGCAAUUUGGGUUUGAAGGAGCUAUUGAAAGCUGCUGCUCGUUACAGUCUGUUUUAAAUAUCUGUUAAGCUCCUGUUAGUUUGGAGAAAUUUUGCAAAUCAGGAUCACAUGCCCUCCCGUUUUCUUCCAACCGAAACAAGAAGAUGAACCGGGUUUGCACAAAAGUGUCACAUGAAGAGACGUCCUUUGUGGGCACUGCUCAUGCUCACUAAUAAGAAGCAGAUGCUAAUAAUAAAGAUAAAUAGUAAAUAAAUGCUAGAAUGAUAUAAACAGGAAUCACUGGAAUCAACCAAAACAUGCAGACAAUUCCUGGGAUCUGAAGAUGAGGCAGCUUGAGUUACGUUUCAGUAAAAUACUGUACUAAAAAACGAAGUGAGCCAAACUCAGAUUAGGCACAGGGGAGGAAAUAUUGAAUCAACAAGAGGUGGAGACUUGAGCAAUGAGCCCUGACAAGGGAAUUCCCUUCCCCCAGCCGUGCGGUGCUGGGGACCAGCCUGGCUGGCAGCUCUCACACGAGUGCAAUCACUAGCUCUUGAAUGGGGAGCUCCGCUCCGGAGCGGCCGGGACAAGUCUCAGGGAACCGAGGAGCGGGCACCGCCGAGGGACUCAGAAACAAUCUUUGCGUGUUACACCGCGUUCUGCGUUCCAUUGUUCACUCCUGGCCAAUCAGGGCGCUCCCUCUCCCUCGCCUCCAAUCGCCUCUGGGGCUGCUGCGGCAGCCCGGUGAGGUCACCGCUCCCCCUUCAGUCGGUGCGGGCCGCGGGCCGCUGCGUGCUGACAUCAUGCUGCGUGUGGGACAGGGCAGGCUCCGCUCCACAACUCCGCCGGGCUGGAGUAGUUAGUUAGCAAACAGCAGGCACUGGGCAGGCAGCCUCCUCUUUCUGCAUCAUAACACUUUGCACACAUCUCUUUCUGCAUGGUGGAUAUUAUUUUUCAUUAUCCUUUUCUGGGUGCUAUGGGGGAUCAUUCCAAGAAGAAGCCCGGGAUUGCCAUGUGUGUGGGCUGUGGGAGUCAGAUCCAUGACCAGUACAUCCUGAAGGUCUCCCCGGACCUCGAGUGGCAUGCAGCAUGUCUCAAAUGCGCUGAAUGCAGCCAGUACUUGGAUGAAACCUGCACUUGUUUUGUGAGAGAUGGCAAGACAUACUGUAAAAGGGAUUAUAUCAGGCUGUUCGGCAUCAAGUGUGCCAAGUGCAAGGUGGGCUUCAGCAGCAGUGAUUUGGUGAUGAGAGCCCGGGACAACGUGUACCACAUCGAGUGCUUCCGCUGCUCCGUCUGCAGCCGCCAGCUCCUGCCCGGGGACGAGUUCUCGCUGCGGGACCACGAGCUGCUGUGCCGGGCGGACCACAGCCUCCUGCUGGACAGGAGCGCGGCCGACAGCCCCCGGAGCCCGGGCCACCUGCAGAGCGCCAGGGCCCUGCAUCUGGCAGAGCCGGGCCCCGGCCGCCAGCCCGCCCUGCGGCCCCACGUGCACAAGGCGAGCGAGAAGACCACCCGCGUGCGCACGGUGCUGAACGAGAAGCAGCUGCACACGCUGCGGACGUGCUACGCCGCCAACCCGCGGCCCGACGCGCUCAUGAAGGAGCAGCUGGUGGAGAUGACGGGGCUGAGCCCGCGCGUCAUCCGCGUCUGGUUCCAGAACAAGCGCUGCAAGGACAAGAAGAAAUCGCUGCUCAUGAAGCAGCUCCAGCAGCAGCAGCACAGCGACAAGGCGAGUCUGCAGGGCCUGACGGGGACGCCGCUGGUGGCCGGCAGCCCGAUCCGCCACGAGAGCGCGGUGCAGGGCAGCGCCGUGGAGGUGCAGACCUACCAGCCGCCCUGGAAAGCGCUCAGCGACUUCGCGCUGCAGAGCGACCUGGACCAGCCCGCCUUCCAGCAGCUGGUCUCCUUCUCCGAAUCCGGCUCCUUGGGCAACUCCUCCGGCAGCGAUGUGACCUCCCUGUCCUCGCAGCUACCCGACACCCCCAACAGCAUGGUGCCCAGCCCGGUGGAGACGUGAGGCGAGGCUCCCUUCGCGGACUUGGACUUUCGCAUGCUCCUGCUCCCUGCAUGAGACACGCCCGGCUUCCGGCCCCGAGCGCCAGACGAGCUCGGGUUUUAACUUAUUGUUAUUUAAAAACCAAGAGCAACAGCGAAACAAAGCGCGCCCCGACGGCCAGCACGCCCCAGGACCCGGGCUGCGGAUGUUCAUGUUGAUGUUUCGUUUGUUUGUUUUGUCUUUUUUGCAAAGCAAAAAACUGUCCGAACGCCGGUGGAUGCCCGAGAACGAGCCCCCAGGCCCUGCCCGAGCGGGCGGGCGAUUUAUCGUCUUGUCUUUUGGGAACAAAAU